GUCAUAUCCUGUAUAUAGCUACAGUGUAUAGUGUAAGGCAAUAGGCAGACAUAUCGCUGUCCAACAUGAUUCCCAUGGUUAUGCUCAGGCUGAUAUUAGUCUUAGUGGUUAUAUUGACUGAACUGUAUGCAAAAGAAACCACACAGGAUUUCAUCAGUAAAUACAACAAAUACAACACUGUCUGUCGAGGAAUGGGAUACAAAACAAAAAGUUGCAAAGGAAGAGAUCAUGGAAUCGUUGCUUUCCAUGCCCGAACUUCGUCCUCUCUUCAAACUCUCGGUAGCCAGGCUGUAGUUGUGUUCGGGAAAAUAACUCUAAACUCUGGAUCUGCGUAUAACAGUAACACAGGGAUAUUCACAGCACCAACAGAUGGUAUCUACUCUUUUACAUGGACUAUUUUGACGAACAUUGGGUCAUAUUUUAACACACAAAUUGUCAUUAAUGGAAAACUAGUUGGUUACAAUCUUGCUGACGGUAAAUCUGGCAGUUCCCAGCACGAGUCUUCCUCAGCAACAGCAGUGAUUAGAAUGAAGAAGGACAGAGUCUGGAUAAGGACACAUGGUCAAGAUGGGAAAUAUGCAUACGCGAGCUGGUCGUCCUUCUCUGGGUUUCAAUUGUAA